AAAUAAUGUUACAAAUGGAAAAGUGAGAAGCAACUUCUUUGGACUAAAAAAAUCCAAUUUUCUCCGCGACGAAGGAGAGGCAUCCCUCCCUUCCGCGUGGUGUGCUCUCUGUUCCUACGCCGUUUCCUCUCCCGACUCUCUCCUCGCCGGCGACGCCGCGGAGUAGGUGCAACAGAAACUGCUCGAGGCGGAGGCGGAGCCUGCGGCUGCACAGACAUGGGUGAUCACGAGGCGCGCGGUGAUGACUUCGAGAAGAAGGCGGAGAAGAAGCUCUCGGGCUGGGGCCUCUUCGGCUCCAAGUACGAGGACGCCGCCGACCUCUUCGACAAGGCUGCGAACUCCUUCAAGCUCGCCAAGAACUGGAGCAGAGCUGCAUCAGUUUACAUCAAGAUUGCUAACUGUCAUUUGAAGGGAGAUAGCAAGCAUGAGGCUGCCUCAGCGUACGUCGAGGCAGCAAAUUGCUACAAAAAGUUUUCACCUCAGGAAGCUGCGCAAGCGCUAAACCAGUCUGUUAAUCUUUUCUUGGAAAUUGGUAGGUUGAACAUGGCUGCAAGAUACAGCAAGGACAUUGGUGAGAUAUAUCAGCAAGAACAAGAUUUAGAGAAGGCUACAGAUUACCUGGAAAGGGCAGCUGACCUUUUUGACAGUGAGGGACAGUCGUCUCAAUCAAACACCAUCAAACAGAAAGUUGCAGAAAUUGCUGCUCAGUUGGAACAGUACCCAAAAGCAACUGAGAUAUUUGAAGCGAUCGCUCGUCAGUCAAUCAACAACAAUCUUCUUAAGUAUAGUGUCAGAGGAAUUCUUCUUAAUGCUGGCAUCUGUCAACUAUGUAGAGGUGAUCCUAUUGCCAUCACAAAUUCAUUGGAGCGAUACCAGGAAAUUGACCCGACUUUCUCUGGGACACGUGAAUACAAGCUUUUAGCUGAUCUUGCUGCAUCUAUGGAUGAAGGGGAUGUUGCCAAAUUCACUGAUGCAAUCAAAGAAUUUGAUAGCAUGACACGUCUGGAUCCUUGGAAAACCACCCUGCUGCUCAGGGCGAAGAACGAGCUGAAGAAAAAGGAGGACGAUGAGGACGACCUUACAUAAGUAUUGUAGUAAAAAGAAAUGGUACGAUAUGUUUUGGUUUGUGCCUCCAUUGCAUUGGAGGCAUCGUGUUCCUUACAAACGAGCAUGAUGAAAUUAAUCGCUGGUCUGGUUGUACAGAACGUCAAUUUGGGUUCUACUGUUGAUGUGACUGCCAGUUUCGUUGACUUGAUGCCAGAGUGAAAAUUAGUACCGAGAUGCUUGUUUCUGGGGUUCUGUUCUUUUCAAAUCUUUAGACCUUAUUUCCUAUUGUACUUCUAUACCUCGUAUUAAUAAUCUAAGCGGUUUCCAAUGGAUUGUAUCA